AUGUCGCGUCGUCCGCAGAACCGCGCCCGCCCUAACCCGCGCGUGCGUUCGCAGGCCCCGCCUGAACCAUCACCGCAACCCGAUCCACCGCCGCAACCCGAACCGGAUAACCAGCCGUCCGAUGAAGAACGAGAACCGGGCGACUGGCGACCUUCCCGCCCGGUUUCUCCGCCGCAAAGACCGGACGACAUCUCGGAAGGCUCCGAAAUAACCAACCGACCAGUAAGACCGGAGCCGACCAGUCGAUACGCCAAUUUGAACUAUUGGAAAGCCCGUAGAGUUACUUUCUAUAGAAAUGGGGAUCCAUUUCAUCCAGGAGUUGAGUUCCGUUUUAAGCCUGGUAGGGACCUCGUGUCCUUGGACGUUCUGUUGGAUCGUCUGUCAGAAAGGCUGGAGCUGCCGAGGGGCGCCCGAUUUAUCUUCGGCAUGGACGGCGACAGGAAAUAUCGGCUUGAGGAAUUGGAGGACGGUGCUUCAUACGUCGUGUCAUCAUACAAAACAUUUAAGGGGCCGGACAGACGUCACCCCGGACAAGACCAGUGUUUUGGACAGUACUUACAAUGGAUAUGUAAAGAAGAGACUCCGUUUUACCACCACGUGGCGCAGCGCAACACACGCUCGAAGAGUGUAGUGCCUGGUCUGUGCCUAGUGUUGGCAGAAAUGAUAGGAUCUCUCCCUGCCCAACGUGGUCAAAGCCAUACUGGAUAG